AUGGCGGACACCAGUUCUAGCCGUCCACGACGACCGACGCGCGAUGCCCCGAAGCCCCCACCUCUGGACGUCGAGCCGCAGCAGGACUCGGGUGCCGACGCUCCCCUCGUAUCUUCUCCAACCCGGGAAACUGAUGAGUCGGCGGAGAAGCUGGUUUCAUUAACGCCCCUCCGCGCGCAUUAUCUCAAGAAGACGCUGAUACAGCUGCAGUUCCGCCACGAGCUGGACGCGAUCACGACCUCGGCGCCGAACAACGUCUCUACUUUCUCCUACCUGGGCCCGCCGUUCAACCCGCCGCCGAAGGAUGCGCCGCCCCUCGACCUGCCGUUCUUGCGCUACAUAUUCAGGCAGUUUGUCUUGACGUUCCCCUUCCUGAAUCAGGCUCCCAAGGACUUCUUUCCCGAGAAGCUGCAGCCUUUCAUGGUCUCCGUGCUCUCCCGGAAUCUCUCACCUAGCUCCAUAUUUGACGAGGGCGGCGAGGGCUCUGAGCAGGCUACGCGAAUAAAGCUCCUGCGCAAGGCCGAAAGGAACUUUGCGAUGUUCCUUGGCUCAGCUACGAAGUUGGCCGAACGGGAGGAGGUUGUCCGCCUCUCCCAGAAGGAUCUUGACCGGCUGGAGCUCAUGGCGAAGAAGAGAUAUGCACGGGAGCAGAGAAUAAAGGAGACGUUUGAUGUGAACGUGAUAUGCGUGAGGACGGUGGUGGACAAGGGACGCGUGCGGAGCAAAGUCCAUGAAGAAUUCAUCAUCCGCACGCGACGGACAGGGCAGCCAGACGUCUAUGUUUCUCGGCGGUACGGUGAUUUCCGGACUCUGGCGGAGGAGGCAACACAUCCCGACGAGAACGUACCUUCGCCCCCCGCGAAAGAUCGUACAAUCGUCAAUGCCCCGAUGUCCGCCCCCAUAACGCCCAGCCCUUCCACCGCGGGGCUCUUCCGUACUACGACGACCUCCACCACCGGGUCCUCAGAUUCACUAAACGUUCCUCCAUCCCCAAGCUCAGCUGCUUCGUAUGGCGGGUUCCCUUCCCAGCCAAUGCAGUCCAGUUCUUCCUCGCAGCUGCGCCUGGCGCGCGAGAAGAACCGGCUCACGCUCCGGUCAUAUCUGCACACCCUGCUUGCCAGUUCGACGCUGGGCAGUAGCCCCGUAUUGAAGAGCUUCCUAGUUUCGAUGCCUACGGCAUUGAGCGAGGAGGAGAAAUGCGAUGCCCAGAGGAGGGAGGAAGCCGACCGCAUGCGGGAUGACGGCAGGAAGCGGUUUGCGCAGGAGGUCAAGGACCGGGUGGAGGGGCUGAGGGGGGCAGUGAGAGGUGUUAAAGGCGACAUUAUGGGGAAGGGCGGACUAACUCGCGUAUUCGCGACCAUAAAGACUACAGAGAGUGUGAGAGAGUUGCCGCCGGAGUACCAAGCCGUUAUCGAGUGGGCAAGGAUAUCUCUAGCGUCCACCAUCUUCCACCAUCUCGUGGCGGCUGAUAACGCGUCGGAAACCUUUGCGUCUCUGAAGCGCAUACAUGGCUUGAUGCCGUAUUUUAUGCUGAAGACGGCUCUGCGAAUAAGUAAUCCGAUGGGCAUGAUUCGAAGCGUGCUGGAUCUGUUCCUGGCUCAACCGUUCGGGCAAAGGAGUCUCUUGCAACGAAUGUUCACGAGUUCGCUGACAGAAGAAGUGCAUGCUCUCGAGGAAGAUAUCGAGGCGGUCAAGGACAAAGUCGACGAUCCUGUCCUCUGCGAGAAAAUCAGGGCCUUCGUGUAUGCGCCCAGGGAGAUUCAGGAGAUCUACAAGGCUGAUGCUGCCGCGGAGAAUCUUAACAUCCUGACCACCGUUCUGCGAUCCGGCGAGGCGCCCCCUCUGACACGACCGCAGAUGCACCGGGUGAUGCGAGCCCACCGCGCGCAUCUGAUAUAUAUGCGGUAUCGCCAGGGCCUCGCUGAUUCGGACGACGAUGAAGGACCUCAGGACGACGAUGCUUGGCUGUACGAAGACCUUACUGUGUUGGCGAAGCUGUACGAGCGGCUUAGGGACCGAGAAGAGUUGAUUGGGCUGAUUUUCGAGGGUGUGACGGCUGAGCUCCUCAAGGAUAUUAUUACGAUAUUCUAUGCCCCGCUUGCGCAAGUUUACAGAGCGGCUAGUAUUGCGGAUUCCAUCGGGGAUCUACAGAAUUUCAUCAACGACCUCAUCAAGACGGUGGAGUCGACGGAAGAACUCAGCCAAGAAGAUCCGCAGCGCACAGUGCAGGCAUUUAUUGAGCUCGUCCAGCGGCAUGAGCAGUCAUUCUACAGUUUUGUCCACAAAGUGCACUCCAAGGGAGAGGGCCUCUUCGACAGUCUCAUGCGGUGGAUUGAGCUCUUCCUCACUGUCAUCCGGGAAGGCAUCUCAGAUGAGCGAGGUCAGAACACGAUCAGCUUGGAGUUCCUGCUCCCUCAUAAGGGGUCUGAACGCGAAGCCAUUAUGAAGGAGGUGGACGAUAUAGCCAAGUAUCACUACAGUUUGAAGCUGGCCCAUGAGGAUAAGAUACGCCGGCGAUUUGGAAAGACACAGCAAGGUGUGGACCAAGGCGACGCUGAGGCCGAGGACGAAGCGGCCCAAGCACUCGUGAACGGGGUGGUUCGGGAGCUGAGUUUCGGCGAGCUUGUGAGAGGGGACGCUGAUGAACUCGCGGCCGAGGAUUCCGAAGAGGAUAGUGAAGAAGAUUCUGAUGAAGAGACUGACUACGAGGAAGAGACGGAUAGCAGCGAGUACGAGACCGGAUCCGACGAAAGCAGUACAGAAGUGGAGAGGACCAAGACUAGCCCGAUAGUACGAUCCGCUACGGUUGGGCAUCCUCCAGUACGGCGACGCAUCGACUCAUUGAAGUCGGCUACUCAAGGCAAGCAAUCGUUGGAUUCCGCGCGACCGCCAAUACCCUCUUUACCUCUUCGAACUUCACGGUCAAUGACGUUCUCCCACCCAAGUAAUCCCCGAAGACACGACCACUCGAACGCACCCCCUGUACCUCCAUUACCCCCAUUACCGCCCAAGGACCACUUAGUCUCUCCCCGAGACAAGCCUCUUCCACCGAGUCCAGCGCCGCCCCGCCAGCGGGCGUCUGUCGACGAGCUCCGGAGAAAACCGCAUCCCCUUCCUCUGAACAGACCUCAACCGACGGCCCUGCAAAGGCGGAAGAAGCGACUCAAUCCCGAUAAACAACCUGAUCUCCACCACAUACCUCAGUUGCUGCCAUUAUUCGUCGAGAUGAUGAGGCCUCUACUCCGACCACGUCAAAGCUGAUAAGGUAGCCUUGCAUGGCUGCUGCAUACAUCUUGAUCUAAUCUUCCUGUCCCUACCAUACACCCAGGGUUACUUGCUUGGUAUAUGUAUUUGUAUGUUCCGAUGUAUAGACGUAUUGCAGUGAAGACUACGAACUUGAUGUGCUGAUGUAUUGUACUGUAACAUGCCCUGAAAGAUUCCGAAGUGAAGUAAACGCAGACAACAUAUACAAGAUAGAAGAUCGAUGUACAAAGCCGUCGACGACGUCAGCAGUGAUAUGAUACAGGUAAGCAAAACCAGAUGAAUAUCUAGAAUGCGUUUGAGUUGAGGGUGAACCGCUUGAAGGUGUAUCCCAGGAAGGCGAGGUCCUUGUUUGCACCCGAUGGAUCUGCGCUGACCGGCUCUUCGGGGACUUGCUCCAGCUCGUCCGUGGGGAAGUACGACGUGUCCGUAAUAGACCGCAAGUGAGGAACGAAAGGCGCGUCGAUGUGCCGAAUCGUCUCCCAGUCCACGCCGUAAAAGAACGGAUGAGCCUUGAUCCGAUCCACUUUCAGGCGCCGGUCAGCGGACGUAAUCAGCCGUCGAAUCAAAUCCUCGGCCUCGCGGCUGAGAUGGAUGUCGUCUGGGAAGACGAGGUGGUACUGCCACUGCAUGAUCUUUUGGUACGUCUCGUGCGUGGACUCGGAGCAGAACGGCGGGUAGCCGACCAGGCACUCGAACAUGAUUGCGCCGAGCGACCACCAAUCGCACUCGUUGCCGUAACCCUCCUGACGGAAG